CGUUUGUUUCAAUCGCAAACGAGUGUCGCAUACGUUCCGUUUUUUGAUUGUUUCUAUCAUCGCAUUUUAGUGCUAUAUCGAGUCGCCGCGUGAGGGGUACUGCAAGCCGGGCGUGCAGCCAUCCUGACCUGACAGUCCACCUGUUUUGUUUUCUGCUGGAGUUCAAGUACAUACUGAAGCUGCACAUUGAGCUGCACCGCCCCCUUUUUUGCUCAACCUCUGCGCUAUGAGCAGAGGUAGAGGAGGGUCUAAUAAGGAACAGUACUCCAGACAUCAUCCACCCUACCUGCAGGCUAAAGAGAACUACUCUAGACCUGGUCCAGCCCCAUUCCCUCCCAGAGCUGAAUCAGAGCAAUUCCCAAAUCUAAAUUAUUACAACAGUCCUGCUCGUCCUGUACAGCCGCCCGCUCCACUCCUCCCCCCUGCCCUUCUUAUACCAAACCACAGCGAUGUGGUCUCCACUCCUUUGACCUUUGAUUACUCACAAAAUCACAGCGGCAGUCCAGUUCCCAAUUCAUUUCAUCUUAAACAAGCAGAAUUCCUGAAAGGACAGAUCUCCAAGGCCCCACAGUUUAGAGCCAGUUCACAAGGAAGAGGGGCAGCAUUAGGCUGGCCACCAAGAUCCUCAUACCAGCCCCAUUCAGGGUAUAGUAGAUACAUUCACCCCAGUAGCAACCCAAGGAGCAAAAGGGGCCAUAACCAAAAGCAGAGUGUUGCACACUUAUCAGGUUCAGGAGCAUCACGAGGGACUCCAGCCCCUCGACACCUAUAUCAAAACCAGUCACAAACCAAAAACAACAGACAGGGAUGUGUUCAAACAAGCUCUCUUUGUGACAAUUUUCAGAGUUUGUCUCUUCAGCAUAACAGGUCCAACAGUAAAGGGUUUGACAGACAUUCUUCAUCCAGUAGCUCUGCAAGUUCAAGAGUAAAUAAAAGAAACAUAACUUUUACUCAUGAAAUACAGGACCAGGUGCAAAGAGCUUUAGCUGCUUUGAAGCCAGGGGAGAGUAUUCCUGCUAAAAUCUUGGCCAAAAAACUUGAUUUGCCCAAGAAGAUCAUAAACCAAGCUCUGUAUUCUUUGGAAGCCUCACAGAAAGUCUUCAAGCAAGGGCUCACACCUCCUAAGUGGACUUUGUAUUUAGACACAUUUAGAGCUGAGGAAAAUCAAAUCUCUGAGGCAAGAAGUCCACCUCUCCAUCAGCAACUUAGUACACAAGAUCCACAAAACGCUGAAGCCAAGGUUGAUCCAGAAACAGAAAACAAGGCACAAGCCAAAGAAGAAUAUUCGGACACAGAAUCCAGUUCUUCUUACAGUUCAUCUUUAGAGUUAGCCGACUCUGAAGAAUCUCCAUCAUCAGCAGAAGGUCAGCACAUACAGGAAGAAAGUUCUGUAAUAUAUUUCACUGCUAAUCAGGAGCUUAAUUGUCCCAUUAUGGCAGACCAAAAGGAGCAAAUUUUGCAGUAUCUUCUGGAGUCAGGUGAUGCAACGUCUCUUAUCAUAGCAAAAAAUAUUGGCCUUAAGACUGCCAAGCAGGUCAGUCAUACCCUUAACACUCUGGAGCAGCAAGGCGACGUCAUUAGGGAUACUGACUUUAUGCCUUUUAAGUGGUCUCUUUCCCCCCACCGCAAAGAGAAGAUGGAGAGGAGCCUGAAAGCUGCACAGAGCACCGUGGAGGAUCAGAUGGGGGUCAAAGUAAAAAAAGAAGAAGACGCCAUCGUUUUAUCAUCUCUGUCACCUGCACCAGGCCUCGAGCCAAUACCACUACUGGACGACUGGAUGCAACAGCAAAGUCAAAAUAACACACAAACCUCCAUAACUUCAUCCAAAGAAGAGACCUUAGAGGAGGAGCAGUGGGCCACUGACGACAUCCCAGAAUUCCUCAAUGCCAUUCGCAGAGAGGCCGACGCUCUGAAAAUGGCAGAACACAAGACCAAUGUUCUGGGAACGGUUGCUGUGUCCGUUGCUGCAGCCCCUCCCCAAAAUCUGUGGGCCAAGUUACAGGAGGUGAAGCUGAAGAACCCCGUCAGUGCUCUCAUGGAGUAUGCCCAAUACCUGGGCCAGAACUGUGAGUUCUUGCUUCUCGACCAGUCGGGACCCUCGCACGACCCAAGAUUUCGUAUGCAGGUGAUGCUCAAUGGCAGAUUGUUUCCCAUCACUGAAGCUUCUAGUAAGAAGGUCGCUAAGAAGGAUGCGGCUGCAGCCACCCUCCAUGUACUCAUCAGUGAAAUGCAGGGAGGGACGGGGAAACUGCACGAUGGAAACGCUGCCAGUGGAGAGCAAAUGUUGGACUUGGACACCGUU